UCUCCACGUGAGUUCCGCAGUCCUCGGAGUAGUUUGUGCACGAUUGAACAAGGUUUUAUGUGACUGUUGCGUUAUUAUAAUGUAUUAUAAUGUAUGUGCUCCGCUGCUGUGAACUGUAGCAACUGUCAGCGCGAGGACACUUCACCAGAGGCGCGUGAGCCAACGUAAACCUGCGCACGUGAGCACCGGGCUGUGCGCGUGGAGCCUGUGUCAAGAUGUCACCAGAGGAUAAUCUUUGUCUGAACAUCUCCACUGAACCGAUCUCAAGCCAGGACUGGAGCAGGAUUCAGAGGAAGAGACCAGGAUCUACCCAGGACAAGUGGACUCUGAAAAGGCAACGGCGUCUCCAACGACAAUCAGCAUCGCUCCAUGUAAUCACACCAGAAGUCAUCCCUGAACUUCCUCCAGCAAAGGCCCCGCCCCCUGAUGACAGCACCUCUACAAAACCACAGAAGCGGAGGAAGAAGGAAGGAGGAGACAAGGAUGCAGGAAGUGAGGACAUGGGAAGCGAGGAUAAACCGGUUAAAAUCAGAAAGAAAAAGCUGAAGGACAGAUUGGUGAAGGACAAAAAGGAGGGAGUUGUAGCAGACGAGGACACAGGCAAAGGCAGAGGAGAUGACACAGGAGACGAGAAGGAAGGAGACAACGAGACAACCAAAGGAUCCUUCAAGACAUCCUCCCUGUUCAAGCACAACCCCGAGAUCCCCGUCAUACAAAGAUCGUCUGUGUCUCAGUUGAAGGAGGAAGUCUUCAGUAGUUCAUCUUUUGAGGAUCUGGACCUUCAUCCCCAUCUGGUAGCAACGCUGAAUAAAGUCCUGAAUGUGUCCACUAUGACCAGUGUGCAGCAGAGGACUAUCCCGUUGCUGAUGUCGGGGCGAGAUGCUGUGGUCAGGUCCCAGACAGGAUCAGGAAAGACCCUGUCAUAUGCCGUCCCCCUGGUACAGAGUCUUCAGUCUCGUCAGUCCAAAGUCCACCGGUCCCAGGGCCCUUUGGCUCUCAUCUUGGUCCCCACCAGAGAGUUGGCUCUUCAGACCUUCCACACUUUGCAGAAGCUUCUAAAGCCAUUCAUGUGGAUUGUGCCUGGAGUGCUGAUGGGGGGAGAGAAGAGGAAGGCGGAGAAGGCCAGGCUGCGCAAAGGCGUGAACAUCCUGGUAGCGACUCCAGGCCGUUUGGUGGAUCACAUCAAGAACACCCUGAGCCUGGCCUUCAGCUCCCUCUGCUGGCUGGUGCUGGACGAGGCAGACAGGAUGUUGGACCUGGGCUUCGAGAAGGACCUCACGGUGAUCAUGAACUCUUUAAACUCGUCUGGAUCCAAAAGACAGAAUGUCCUCCUGUCAGCCACCAUAUUCCAAGGAGUGAUGCGAUUGGUCGACGUCUGUUUGAACGAUCCAGUCACGAUCCAGGUGUCUGACUGCGAGGCUGCCCUUUCUGCUGCUUCGGUCCAAUCAGAGAGCUCCCCCAGCACAGCUGUCCAAUCAGAGAGCUUCACUGUCCCCGAGGGCCUGAAACAGUUUGUUGUGAUUGUCCCCAGUAAAGUCCGCCUCGUCUGCCUUGCUGCGCUCAUCCUGGACAAGUGUCAGGUUAAUCAGAACAAGAUGGUGGUGUUUGUGUCCAGUUGUGAGGUGGUCGAGUUCCUCCAUCGGCUCCUGUCCUUCGUCCUGAACAAACCCUCCACCAAUCAGGCACUGACUUUUCUGCGUCUCCAUGGUAACAUGAAGCAGGAGGAGCGCAUGGAGGUGUUCGGACAAUUCUCGGAAGCCCGCUCUGGAGUUCUGCUGUGCACGGACGUUGCAGCUCGAGGGCUGGAUCUGCCUCAAGUCUCAUGGAUCAUCCAGUUCACAGCCCCAGUGUCGGUGGCAGAAUACGUGCACAGAGCUGGGCGGACAGCGCGGGCGGGGCACAGUGGGCACAGUCUGCUGCUGCUGGGACCUCACGAGUCCAGCUUUAUCUCAGUACUCAACCAGCAUCGCCUAGACCCCGAACCGCUCCCACUCACAGAGCUGCUGUCAGUGCUGCUGAAGGAUGACAGAUACAGGGGGAGAGGACACUACCAUAGCCAGAGUUCAGACAAGGCUCGUGAGCAGGAGAUCAAGGAGAGAGCCACUGUUCUACAGACGGAGUUUGAAAACUUUGUCCACUCUGACCCAGAGAGACUCAGUGCCGCCAAGAGAGCUCUGCAGUCUUUCCUCCGGGCCUACACCUCAUACCCCUCUCACCUCAAACAAAUCUUCCACAUCCGCCAUCUCCAUCUGGGACACACUGCCAAGAGCUUUGGCCUGAGGGAUGCUCCACGAGGGCUGGGAGAAGCAACUAGGAGCGCCAAGGCUGGAAAGAGACAAGAGAAGUGGCAGGACAAGAGGCCAGGAAAACCACAGCCAUGGAAGAAGAAUAAGGAGGCGGCAGGAACAAAGAAGAGGUGGAGUAGCUCUCUCAGGUACUCAGACCUGCUCCGCUCAGAGUUCGACUCAGGACUUCAGCCCAAGACCAAGAAGAACCGGCCCAAGUCUCAGGUCAGUCCUGACCUGGUUUAGACCUGGGCUAGUUCUGUUUUAGUACAGGACUUUAUGGACUAGUGAAUGCUGUGAUGAAGAGUCUGAAAAAUAUUGUAAAUUGAUUUUUAAAAUAAAUAUUGUCUGUGUGUGA